UUUGGGUUUGAAAGCCAUCUCUCUCUCUCUCUCUCUCACACACACACAAUCUGGCGAGGAACAAUCUCUAUGAGCCGGCUUUUCUCUUCCCCUCUCUGCAAUCUCUCUAUAUUUGAGAGAAGGGCUACUGGGUAUUCACUGAUUUCAUCUCUCCAUUCUCGUAUCUAAAUCUACAAGUUCCGGCCAAGUCUCGCGAGGCGCAUUUGGCCAGUGUCGCUGGAGAAAGGUGAUUUGAAUACAACUGACACAACCAAGAGUCCUCAUAAUUUUAGGAAGUUCUUCAAGUGAUUCCAUUAUUGUUUUCUUCAUAGUCCUCAAUUAUGGAGGGGGAAACAUCAUGGGUCAAGCACCGUCUUGAUGGUAUCACAAGAGACGUUGGAGAGUUUGAUACAUUCUCAGAGAUCAGUGAUGAAGGAAAUAAAGAAAAUAUGGCACUUUCUCUGGAUUUAAUCCUUCCUGAUGACUUGUUGGAGCGAAUCUUGGCCUAUCUCCCCAUUGCCAGCAUUUUCAGGGCAGGUUGUGUAUGCAAAAAAUGGAACGAGAUAGUCAGUUCAAGAAGGUUUUUAUGUAACAACUCCCACGUCUUACCACAAAAACCUUGGUAUUUCAUGUUUACAAGCUCCGAUGAGCCAACUGGUUAUGCCUAUGAUCCCAUCCUUCGAAAAUGGUACAGCAUCGAACUUCCUUAUAUCAAGACAUCCAAUUGGUUUAUUACUUCAUCUUGUGGUUUAGUUUGCUUCAUGGAUAAUGAUAGCAGAAGCGAGCUUUAUGUCUGUAACCCAAUCACCAAAUGCUGCAAGAGGCUUAAGGAGCCUUUCGGUUCAAAAUUUUCUGAUUACAGUGCGUUGGCAAUAGCAGUGAACAGGAUAUCACACAACUACAAUGUUUCAUUUGUGAAAUCUAAGCAAGUCCCGGGAAAUUUCUUUCAGUGGGAUCUCUCUAUUCAUAUCUAUGACUCCAAGACAAUGAUGUGGGAGACUCCUCUGACAGAGGUUCUAUCUGGGUGGAGAGGUGGUGAUGAGAGCAUCAUAUGUGACGGGGUUUUGUACUUCUUGGUCUACUCAGUCGGGGAAGGCACUCCCGAGAAUCGUCAUAGCCUAAUCGCUUAUAACCUCUCAAGCCGAUCACCCUAUGGCUUAUUGACCAAGAGUUCCAUCCCAGUGCCAUGUUCUCUUACUUGUGGUCGUUUAAUGAACCUUAAGGAGCAGUUGGUUAUGGUUGGGGGGAUUGGGAAACAUGAUCGGCCUGGCAUAAUUAAAGGGAUUGGCAUCUGGGUCCUUAAUGGGAAGGAGUGGCAGGGGAUCGCGCGUAUGCCCCAUAAGUUUUUUCAAGGAUUUGGCGAGUUCGAUGAUGUUUUUGCCAGUUGUGGUACUGAUGACCUUAUAUACAUCCAGAGCUAUGGAGCUCCUGCUCUUCUUGUCUUUGACAUGAACCAGAAGCAAUGGAAAUGGUCUCAAAAAUGCCCAGUGAAGAAGAGGUUCCCUCUUCAUCUCUUUACUGGUUUUUGCUUCGAGCCCAGGCUUGAUAUUGCUCCUUAAAUUUAUUUUUGUUUCUUUCUUCCUAAUUGCAUUAUAUACCGGUGCCUCUAUUCAAACAAAGCCUAACUUAUGCAUUAUUUACUUCUUUUUCCCCUUUAUUUUUGGUCAGACUGAAAUGUGCUCUGAGAGGUAUAUUUAGUAAAUAUAACAGCCAAGAACACUGCUAGUUCUUUUAAAGGGGAAUAUAAACUGUUUGCAAUUGAGAAUGGUUCACAUUGGUGACACUCUCUGCUUUUCAAAUUUUGCAAUUUCCAUCUUGAUUUAUUUCUCAAAUAUCAGUUCUUUUUACUCUGUACUCCUUCCAUUAAGACGACCCUCUCCCAACCCUUGAAAAGCAAGGUGUCUCGUGCAUUGAGAGCACUCUUAAGACUAUGAUUUUCCUUGGGAUUAUCAUUCUUGAUGGUCUUUCGUCGCUUGUACCCUUGAUUUCGGAAGAUGAGGUAAAUCGCAAGUGGAGAUUUUGUUUCGCUAUGCAGAGCAAUGAAUUAAACUUAUGACUUACUGGUGUGAAUUUUACCUUAUCAUGAUUCAACCACUUGACAUGUGUUUCGAGAGCUAUAAUUUU